AUUCGUUUUGUCAUUGAAUGUGCAUGAGAGUUUGCUUGUUGUUUUCAUGCAAGAUUAACACAAUGUUGUAAAAAAUACAAUUGGCGUAUGUCAGCUAAAAUAAUGAUCUCUUCGACCCCAUGCUGUCAAGCUAAGAUCUCACAGUAUGCUACAAUGUACUUUGCUGGAGCUAGCUAGCUGCAGUGAGAAGAUGAAUGAUACAAUGUAGCUAACACUGUAAUUAGUAAUGGUCGUGUUAUUUUAGUGAAAAAUCGGUCUUGUGCCACCUCGUUGCAGGGCGGCUAUUACAAAACUAUUCUAAUUUUACCUGCUAGGUAGUCAUAACAACAUAAAAUUGAAAAGUUAAAAGUCACAGUAAAAGUUCUUACAUAUCCUCGACCUCAAUGGCGACUAAACAGGAGAAAGAGCAAGUAAAUGUAGUACACCAGAAUGCUAUCUUCAGGGAGACCAUUCACAAGGAGCAACGAGAACAAAAACUUUACACCAGUUACGGAGUAAAUCCAUACAAAAAGGAUUACGUGCUCGCUGGAAAGCCAAAUUCUCAAUAUGAUUCUGCUGAAGGCACAGAAGAUCAGCAAUACCUUCAAGUGUACAGACGUGCACAGGAUAUCCCCCAGAGGAAAUUUGACUUUCCUCAAACGGAGGCACAGGAAAUUGGAUGGGACACAAAACCACUGAUUAACCCCUUAAGAAACGACACUCGUCUAAAUAAUCCUCGUAGGAACUCGGAGAUCACCAAAUACAUGGAUACAGCAUGGAGACAAAAAGAACAAGAAAAUUUACAGCAAUGAACAGUUAGCGCAUUAUUUACAGUACACAUAAUUGUUUGCUUUGUGUAAUUAAUCAUUAAACCUAAAUGUUCGAUGACACCACUGUUUGCCUGUGUGAAGAUAAUUAUUAUGGAUAUUUUCA